CUCGGCUACUUGUUGCAUGCUGGAUUAUGAGUGAGACUGUACUGUUGUCCAGCCUGUUCUGUUAUUUCCGAACAUGCCAGAGGGCAUUAAGUAUUAAUUAAUUAGUUUUAGCAGUUUAAACAAUGACUUGAACUACACAGUAAAAAAAAAUGGAGAAAAACAUAUGAAUCUUUGACAGGCAUGUAGUCAUAAUUUGUAAUUAAUGUGGUUUCAUGAGCUUCUCAAAUAGAGAAAAACCUCAGCAGAAAUGCAACAUAAACACAAUCCUCUGGUCUCUGUCCGGAAAGCCUCCAUUUGGCUGAGAAGGACAGGAAGCAAUGGGGGAGGAGAUACGCUAGAAGGGACAGAGUCAGGAGGGUGGGGGAGGGCAUGCGGGAGGCAGGAGGGGCAACCCAAAAAUCUGCUGGAAAAGUGGGGUAUUUGGCAAAUAAACUAAAGUGUUUAUAAGAAGAAGAUAGAUAAGGAGACCAAAAACCGGAACCGAACUGACCAGACGUACUUUCAACCAUCACCCUGCUCAGUGAGGAGAGCAUCUACACAGCAGGAUGGCGAUUUCGGGACACUGCUUCUGCUUUGUGAAGUACCUCAUGUUCAUCUUCAACCUCAUCUUCUGGCUCGGGGGGUGUGGCCUGUUUGGAGUGGGGGUGUGGCUGUCCUUCACGCAGGCCGAGUUCUCCUCCCUGCCCGUCUCCUUCCCGUCCCUCACAGCCGCUAAUCUACUGCUGGUGGCCGGUGGUGUUACCAUGGUGACGGGGUUCCUGGGUUGCCUGGGGGCCCUGAAGGAGCAGCGCUGUUUGCUGAUGACGUUCUUCAUCAUUCUGCUCCUGGUUGUCAUAACAGAAAUCAUCUUGGUACUCAUCCUGCAUAUAUUCCAUGAGCAGCUGGAUGACAAGGCUCAGAAAGAACUGAAGGAAGGAAUGAAAACAUAUAACACAGAUGAGCGGCUCAAGACGGCCUGGGACAACAUGCAGUACAUGCUGAAGUGCUGCGGUGUGAAUAGCAGCAUGGACUGGCACAACAUCACCAACAACUCACUGCCAGAUUCCUGCUGCAGUGCUGGACCAUGCUGGACUGAGGGCUGCUACCAGAAAGCCAGGGACUGGCUCUUCAAGAACAACACGUCCAUCCUGGUCUUUGGAAUCUGCAUCAGCGUUAUCCAGGUUCUGGCCCUGGGAUUCUCCCUGCUCAUGUACUGCCAGAUACUCCGCGUUGAAAAAUACACAUACUGAACGAGGAGCCCAGCGAGAAGAACGAACGCAAAUGAAUCGGUUGCUUGUGAGACCCGCAUGAGAAGCAGAUGCUGAAGGACACUGUGGAGAGCGUGCUUCCUCACCCUCACACUGACUUUAAACUGGCCAUUUUCUGGCACAUUCUCAUGUUAAAUCAUAUCCCUUAAAUGCUCAUUUUCCCUUUUAUAUUUUGAGAGAACGCAUUACGUUUUGUUUCCAUAGAAACUAUUCUCUUAGCUCUUAGCAACAUUAGCCAUGAUAAAAUGAUCUACUACUCACAAAGCUAGUUUUGUUAUAUACGUGUACUUGUUAAUCACAAACUGUAAAUACAUGCUGUGUCUUUGUGGUUCUUGAGAUGGAAGUUAGUAAAUAACAGUACGUGUUCA